GUUAUUUUUAGAAACGACGUACCCGGAGUUGCAGGGUAUAUAAGAAGCUUUGCAUCAAACGACUUUAGUAGCAGCAAAGAGAACUUGCCCAACACUUCUUCAAAAGAUGAAAUUCGCUUUGAUUUUCCUAUCAGCCCUGGUGGCUAUUACUCAUCAACAAUUCCAACAACAACACAUGGGAAGGCCAUGGUGGUUGCCUUCCUAUUACUCACCACAACCAACGGUGUCCAGCUAUCAGCAUAUUUAUUACAACACUUUCCCGGAAAAUACACCAUCCUUCCGCCAGGUCAGGCCAUCAAGGCCCUACCUAACAACUAACAACGCACAGUUGAAUCCCAGCUACAUGGACGUCGACUAUUCAAAUGAUUUUACCGAAGACAUUGCGGAAGACGAAUUUCCAAUCACUGAGUCGAGGAACAGAGUACCGGGAGUUCGCUACCGACCGAAUUUGCCCAAUAGAGUCGCUAUACCGAAUCCCAGAUUCUUCAUCAACUACUACACAAACGUUGCUAGUCUGUUGACUAAAACGGCAACGUUCACUGUAACGUCAUCAUUGAGCCUGACCAGCAUUCAGUCCUGCAUUGCGGCAGUUAAAUUUUUGGAUGACGCUGCCAAAACCAAAGCCUGUCGUCGUAAAAGAGAGAUCCUCGACAACGUGCCUCAUCCUGAAGACUUGCAAUUCGCCAUUGUUCCCUCUCAGACACAGCAAGUGACACCAACUGCCGUCCCAUCACUGGAACUGAACGGAGACCAAGUAGAUUCGUUUGACGACAACGUGUCUGUCGGAGAGCUUUCAGGAUCGAUAUCUGCCGCGCAAAAUUUGAGAGAAAGACGAUUCUUCAAAUAUUCCGUGACUUCUACAACUGUUACUACCUUUUCGAUUCUGUCAACAACGGUGACGAAAACCGUCGCCGUGGCAGGUGACGGAGAAGUAGAAUGCUUGCCGUCUGGCUACAUUGUUUGCACAUGGAAAUUUACAGUCACGGAUCUGUAUAAAAAGCGAACUAGUGUUUGUGAACGGAAUCAUUCGACUUCAGUGGAAGGAAAGACAAGUUCCUCGUCCGUUCUUCAAUCUGCAAAGAUGAAGUUAGCUUUGAUUUUCAUAUUUGCUGCGGUGGUCAUCACUAAUCAACAAUUCCAACAGCAAAGGGAAAAGCUUUGGUGGUCCCCCUAUUUCUCUGCGGAGCGCAUCAUCAACUACCAGCCGAUUUACUACGAUCCCGUCCAAGAUGAAAUGCAAUUCUUCCGGCAAUACAGACCCAUGAGGCCCAUCCCGUAUUUACAGAGUGAAGUCCACCGCACAGCAACGGACUUUCAAGAUUCUCUAGAUGUUCAGUCAAGGACAAAAGAACUAAGUCUUUCACGACCGAAGAAUCAAUAUCGGCCACAAGAACGAUUUUUCGUGAAUUACGCAAAAACAGCCACGUUUACUGUCACUUCGUCUUUGAGUUUCACAAGUAUUCAGUCUUGCAUCGCAGCUGCGAAAUUUUUAGACGAUGCUGCCAAAACAAAAGCAUGUCGUCGCAAAAGGGAAAUACUUGAUCUUUUGCCCGGCCCAGAGUCCACCCAAUUCCCCAUCAUUCCCUCGAAAAUAAAAGAACAUGUGAUGCCGACUGCUUUGCUAUCACUGGGCCUCAACCGAGAAAAUCGCCAAGUUUCUUACGAUCAAAGCGAUUACUUAUCGUCUGGUGAAAUUUCAGGAUCCAUUUCAACAGAAAAACAUUUGAGAGGGAAACGAUUUUUCAAAUUUUACUCGGUGGCAUCUACAACAAUAACCACGUACUCCAUCACAUCAACCACCUCUACAAAAACAGUUGCCGUCGCAGGGGAUGGUGAGGUUGAAUGCCUUCCAUCAGGUUGGGUCAUUUGCUAAAAAAUUGUUACACCCAUAAAUGCAAAAACAAUUUUUCCCAACCCGUUGAAGCUCUUUGACCGCAUUUGUUAUGUUCUCUAAAUGUAAUACCACAAAACUUCCAAUUUUUUGGGUAAUAUUCUCGCUAUAUUUAAAUAAACAUUUAAAUACUU